AUGAAGGCAGCAGCAAAAUCCUUUAUAAGUUGUGGAUGGAAUCAGCAUAACGAUGCUAAAAAUUCAUCGAAUCGAUUUAAAAACAACAUAAAUAAACUUUACAAUUAUAAUGGUGAUGGUAAUAGUUUAAAAGAUUUGAAAUUAAAUUGUACAGAAAUGACAUUUUCCAAAGAACAACUGGGUGCGUUAAAUCGAUAUCUUGGGGAUUUACAAACAUCGUCAUCGAAUUCUACGCAAUAUAAUAAUAUAACAGGCCAUAAAGAAAUAUCUGAUGUUGUGGAACGUUUGGUUCAAAGACUUCUAUGUGGGGUUGGAGCUUUAGAUUCUAAAUUUUCAUCGAAAUUUUUAAUUAAAUUGCAUGAAGAACAUUCUUCUUCAUCUGAGACAGAAUACACUCAACGUUUUGAAUAUUUAGUACGCUUUGAUAAAUUAUCAACAUCAGCAUCGUCAUCAUUAAAUGAAACUAGCAUAGAGAAUGAGGUAAUUUGUCGUUUGAUUGAUGACACGGAAGAUGAAACUCUUCCUCAAGGGUAUGUUCGUAUUGUUGUACAAGGCAAUAACUUAACUGAAUGGUCUGAAUUUCUCACAUCAAAUGGAUAUUUGAGAAGAGACAAAAUUCAAGAACGCUUUGUAGAGCUUUUAGCAUUAUCGGCUGGUGGAGCAUCUCCAAAUAAUCCUGAUGAAGUGGAAGAAUCUCAAUGCUGUGGCGCACCUGGGAAAGUUGCUGACGCUGCUAUUAUUUAUCAAAUUUUAAAAGUAUCAUCACAAGAACAAGUAUUUUACGGACCAACUGGAAAUGAGAAAAUACGAUAUCCAGACCCACGUGAUUUUCGUAUAGCUAUCGUUGAAGAACCAACUGGAAUACGCUUACGUAUUGGAUUCUUAUCACCGGCUUUACAUCGAAAUGGUGAUGUAGAAGUAUAUUUAAUACUUGGCAUUGGUUUUGAUGGGUGGCCAGCGUCUAGUGAUUUUCCGCAUCGUAUUGACUUGACUCAUCCUGAAUUUUUAGUUUAUUACAAGACCGCACAAACGGGAAUGUACGUGGUUUCAAUUGCACCAUGUUCUUCAUUAAAAUCCGAUACAAAAUCAAUAGUGUGGCGGUUGUGUUUUCCAGCAGCAAGAAAUACUUUAAUGUCGCAUUAUGGUACAUCGAGUUUACCAAAUAAAAUUUUGGAUAUUUUAAAUAUACUUUUAAUGAGAAUCAAUCGACAAAUACUUGAUAAUUUAGUAUUAUCAUUACGUAAUGAAUUUCAACGUUCAUACAUAUUCCCAAAACAAAAUAUAUUCUUCAUGUUAAAUACAUGUACGGAUGAUGAUUUUAUUGCGGAUGCUGAACAAAUUUUAUCAUUUUUAGAACAUUUAUAUGAAGAAUCAACGCUAAUACAAAAAUUUGAUAAUGAUAAUUUAAUUCGUGAUCGUGUACAAAGUGAAUUAACGAUUAAAUGGGUACAAAUUAUGGCUGAUUUAGCUCCACCAUCAAUUAAUAAAUCAUAUCGUUUAAGUUUCACUAAUGAAUUUAAAGAUAAAAAUUUUGCGGCCGCAUCUCAAUUUACAAAAAAACAAUUAGAGUAUUUAAAAAUUGUUUUUAUGGAAAUCCUUAAAAUGCAUGAAGUAAUUACAGGAAAUCCUUACAUAUUUUUUGAUAACGAAAAAUUAAUUUACAUACUUAAUUAUAUUUUGGAUCAAGCAUUUAAAUUUUACUCGAAAAGUGUAAAAAUUCGUAAUCGACAUGUUUGGAAUAAGACUGAACUACAAUUAGAAAAUUCAAAACAGAUUCUUUUUCGAAUUGUUAGUAAGGAAAUGAAAAUGUUAAAAAUUAUUUUGGACAAUGAUAAUAUAUUAGUAGCUCAAGUUUUGAAAUGGUUAUAUCGUGCUUUAGAUGAAGAUAAACGAUUUUUAGCACCUUUGUUACGACCGUUUUUGAAUCGUUUAUUUUUAGCAUCGUAUGAAAAUUCCUGGCAUAUUGAAGCAUGGAAACGACGAGAAUAUUUAGAUGAAUUACAUACGUUAGGAACAUUUAGUAAAUUAGUUAAUGAUGGUUUAAUUAAACCAUUAACUGGUGUUAUGGAUGCGGCGAAUAAAGGAUGGUUUUGGGCUCAAGAUAUUUUAGAAUUAACACAGAAUGCUGAUUUAAAUUUAAUUUUUACACCAAAUAAUUUGACAACUGUACGGUAUCAGCUGCUUUGUACAAAGCCUAAUUAUGGUUUUCAUACUUUGAAGAACGCUAUUUCGAGGAAUACGGAUUAUACGACAUUAAAAAAUCAGUAUAAAGGAUUGAAUGCACCUGGAUCCUUACCAUCUACAUUAAAAUUAUCUGUAAAAUGUCAAUUUUCAACAGAAGACAAUGAAGACACUGUACAAUAUCAAAAGACGUUGCCACAUAAUGAAGCACGCGAUUUAAGUCCAAUGAAUAAAAUACUAGAAUUAUGUCGAAGAUAUGGUCAACAACGAUGUCUGGGAGAUUUAAUGGAGUCUUUGGUUGGCUUAAAUAAACUUACAAUUUUACAAGAAAUAUCGACAUUACUACCAGAUGUUGAACGUUUACAAAUGUUAGACACGAUUCAUCGCAUAUCAAAGGGAACACAUCGACGUCACAUACGAACUUUACGUAGCCGAACAACAGAACAACAAUUUUCUUCAACCAAUAACAACUCAAUAACAUUAUGUAACAGCACCAGCAGUACAAGAAAACUUAAUAAUACCAACGUCAAAAAAUCAAAAACAUUAGAUCUUACAUCAACAAAAAUGAAAUUUGACAAUCAACUGCCAUCACCAGCAAUAUACCGACAAAAACAAGACGUUGUAGAAAAUAAUAUGAACGAUAAUAAUAGUGAAGUGGCAACAACAUCUUAUUACGAAAAUUUACCAAAACAAAAUAAUAAUCAAAAGAAAGAUACAAAAAUACGACACCAAUUAUUACUUCAAAAAAAUUUAGAUAUGCUUGAUAGUGUUGAAACGGUCACGGAUGAUCGUAAAGAGUUUGUGAAUGAUAUCAAAAAUAAUUGGCAACAUUUAAUUGAGAGUCAUGAAGAUGAUGCGGUAACAAGUGGCCGUAAUGUCACGUCUUCAUCUUCGAUGCCAACAAUAUCUACAUCUUUCCCUUCAUACAAUAAUACAAUCGAUGAUGAUUUGUCACGGAAUAUAGUACGACCAUCGUCAUCAGAAACAUAUUCUACCACUAACACUACUACAAUAAUAAAUAAUGCAUCCAUUGAAGUGAUUGGCCGUGGGGGUGUUGGAAUUAACAUCACCGGUUAUGUACUUGAUAAUGAUGAUGCAGAUACGAGUUUUACGGAUGUACAAACACUUUUCAUAACAUGUGCAUUCACAAUCGGAUGUCUUUUGCUCGCCCUCAUCUUAGGAUUUUCUAUAAGAUUUUGUUGGCGUAUUUAUGUGAGAAAUCGUGAUGCUGAAGCGUAUGAUAGCGCAUUAAAUAAAGAUGAAAGUUCGGCACCAUUGAAAGGAAAUUUAACAUUAUCAGCAGAUGAGGAUUAA